CAUCUGAUGAUGGUGAUGAUGAUGAUGAUGAUGAUGAUGAGAACACGUGGACUGACUUGGUCGUCAAAGCUGAAUGAAACCGCACAGGAAAUACCUGCGUAAAAGAAACUAGUGUGUGUAUAUGUGUGUGUGUGUGUGUGUGUGUGUGAGGGUGUGCGCGUGCGUGUUCGCAACAGUUGUCCGCUAAUAAUAAAUACCACCAACCUGCUGCGCCUUUAAGAGGAUGAACGAGGAGGAGGAGGAGGAGGAAACCUGAGAGUGUGUCAUUCCUGGGCUCAGGUCUCCAUCACUUAACUGUCAGAUCAGUCACAUUACAACCUCAACCUGUUUGUAUGCCCUUGCAGAAUCAGUCACUUCAUUUUUUUUUCUUUUGCUUGUUUUAAUUUAUUUAAUUUUAAUUUUGCUCUCUUAAUUGUUGCCACACAACCCGGAUUAAAUUACGCACAGCACCUUUAAGAAGCUGUCCCCGGGAUUAGAGUUACGCACAGUAAGGCAGAGACUGACAGAGGAGGGGUUUGCCACAGGGGACGCUCUACUUCUACUCCUUCUUCCUCUGUCUCCGUGUUUCCUCACUGCUCACGAGUCGAACCGCCGUGGGGCCACCACACCCAGAGCCAUGGCCGAGACAGGGAAAGGGGUCACCGCCGGGAAACUGGCCAUCAACGUCCAGAAAAGACUGAGCAGAGCGCAGGAGAAGGUCUUGCAGAAGCUUGGCAAAGCAGAUGAGACUCGAGAUGCUGCCUUUGAGGAGAUGGUGGCAAAAUUCAACAAGCAGACGGCAGAAGGCUCCAAACUGCAGAAAGACCUGAAGGCCUAUGUUCUUGCGGUGAAAGCCAUGCAUGAUGCAUCGCGGCGGCUGCAGGACUGUCUGGCCGACAUGUACGAACCCGAGUGGUUUGGCAAAGAAGAGGUCAACGCAUUGGCAGAGGAGAUGAUAGAGAAGGAGAUGGACAAUAAUUUGGAGGACACAGACACGCUGUGGUUAGACUACCAACAGAGCAUCACGGAAAAAUGUUUGACGUGCAUGGACACGUACAUGAUAAAGUUUCCUGAUAUCAAGGCUCGCAUCGCAAAGCGAGACAGGAAGAUGGUGGACUUUGACAGCGCCAGGCAUCACUUUUCCUCUCUACAGAAGGGAAAGAAGAAGGACGAGGCCAAGAUUGCCAAGCCCGCAGCCCUGUUGGAGAUGGCGGCUCCCAGCUGGGCUCAGGGUUUGAUAUCAGCCCACCAGGUGGCUCAGACUAACCUCUCCUACAACCAGGCAGAAGAGGAGUUGGGCCGAGCUCAGAAGAUCUUUGAAGAGCUGAACGUGGAGUUACAAGAUGAGCUUCCAGUUCUGUGGGACAGUCGUGUUGGCGUCUAUGUUAACACAUUCCAGAGUCUGGCAGGUCAUCAGGAGAAGUUUCACGGUGAAAUGAGCAAGCUCAGCCAAAACCUGACUGACAUCAUGACCAAACUGGAGGAGCAGCGGCAGAUCAAAAAAGAGGGUACUGCGGCUGCCCAGACAGGAGAAGGUGCUAAGAGUGAUGAAGCCAACCACAGUGACUCAGCCUGCUCAGCACCAAAGAAGCCCGGGCCUCCUGCGAGCCGGCCUCCCCGGAGGUCGACGACGUCUUCUCCGGAGGAGAACCAGCACUUUGGAGUGUUUGAGGACGAGGCUUCAGUUUUUGACACUAACCCAGACUGCAGCACCGCAGCUACACAGCAGAAGUCAGGGUUCAGUCUGCUGGACUGGGAUGUGGACAUCCAACAACAAGCAGUCACAUUCACAGAUCCCAAGAGUGCUGUGACCAACGGCUCUGGUAGUGACCUCCCUCCAGGAUUCCUCUACAAAGUGAAAGCAACACACGACUAUGCUGCCACUGAUGGUGACGAGCUGGAAUUGAAGAUAGGCGAUGUGGUGCUGGUCGUGGCCUUUGAUAAUCCAGAUGAACAGGACGAUGGUUGGCUCCUGGGCUUCAAGGAGAUUCACUGGAUGCAGAAGAAAGAUAUUUCAGCCAAAGGGGUUUUCCCAGAAAACUUUACCCAGAAGGUUUGAGGUUAAGGAUUCUAGCACCAUCUAUUCAACAACUACUUUACUAAUGGGUCUGAUGAAGAUACAGUUUUUACAUUUUUGUCUACACAACACAAUGUAUUGGUACAUCGUGGUCAGAAUUAUCCAAGUGCGAUGAACUAUUAUCUCUGAAAUACUCAAAUAAUUAUUGAAUGUGAACGAGCAGUACAAUCAAAGGUCAAAGGUCAAGAAAUUAUAAAGAUAAGGGAGUUCUACAUUUUUGAAUGAACAUAAAGCUUUUCACUUUGUCAUUUCACUAUUGAAGUAAGUAUUAAGUAUCAAUAGUGUACGAUGACAAUUUUCAUACAAUGUUUUAUUUAUCAAAGAAAAGUCAAGGAUGUUCUGUCUAAAUGUCAUCAUAUCUAUGUUGUUUGGUAAAAGAUCAAUAUUUCUGUUUAACAACUCCUCGUGUGAAACAUUUGAGUCUAGUUUCAGUUUUUCUGAACUCCUAUAUGGUGAGUUAAAAAAAACCAGCAGAAAUGUGGUUCUGGUUAUUGAGAUGUUCAGGUAUCUGAAACUGAAGCCCUGAGGAACACCAAACAUGAUUAACCCAUAUGUUUGCAGGAGUUUGCAUUGUUUUAUCAUUUAUCCUUUUUUUUUCAGCUUGUAGCUUUGACAAAGGGACUUAUUAGUUUUACACUGUUUUAACUGGACAUUUUAUGAAAUGAAAAAAAAAAGUUUAAAUUUUCCAAUUAACCUAAUUUAUCAGGUUUUGAAUUAUCUCAGCUUUCAGGCAUGAGAGAAAAGCCCCUGCCUUCUUGGCUGCAAAUAACUUACAUCCAUUGUUUUGUCUGUAAAAUGUCUUGCUGUUAGCCAAAAGUUAUACUGUUAUCUAUUCUCUUUGAAAUGUCCCACAUAUUAGUCUGAGUCUGAUCACUUUAACAAGAACAGCUGACCUGCACUGGAUCAGAUUUGAUUUUCCAUGAGCGUUAUUCUGACAAGUUUUAAAGUUCAUGGCAACGAUAAAACAUGUUCUCAUUACUCUUACGUUAAAAAGAAGGCGAUUGGUAUUUUAACCAACUCUGCCACUGAAACAAGAUAUUUUUAAAUGGUGUAAAAUAAUAGACCACUGGUCACAAUUGCGCCGAUCAUCAAUCAUUAAAGAUUAAUGAAGAAACAUAUACUCU